AUGGCCAUGAUGAAAUCGGAAUGUGACCUUCCCGCCAUCAUUUACAACCGAGCGUUUGAGUAUCAUACUUCAGAGCUCACCAAGCGGACUGGGAAAGAGACUCACCUCGACAAAUAUAAUAACCCCUUCAUGAACCCCUCAAAGCCGAGAGCAUUUCCGUUCAGCCAGAUUCAAGCUCUUCAAGCCUCCAAAGUCCCGUCCAACCAAGCCAUCAUCCAACAACCUCUUACUUACCAAAAUAAAACCCACCAAGUCCCCAAAAGACACCAUCAGGAUGACCCGCAUCCUCCUCACCCUCCUGGCCACGGCCGCCGCCUUCCAACAGGCCCUUGGCGCCCCCGUCGCUCAAGUCGGCGCAAAGCCCAUCGGCGCCGCUCCUCCAGCGCUGCCCCCCAAGCCCAUCCCGCUCGGCAUCGCUCCUCCAGCCCUGCCCCCCAUCCCGCUCGGCACCGCUCCUCCAGCCCUGCCCCCCAAGCCCAUCGGCACCGCUCCUCCAGCCCUGCCCCCAUGCUCAUCGGCGCCCCUCCUCCAGCCCUGCCCCCCAAGCCGAUCCCGCUCGGCGCCGCUCCUCCAGCCCUGCCCCCCAUCCCGCUCGGCACCGCUCCUCCAGCCCUGCCCCCCAAGCCUACCGUUACGGCUUCGGUCCCAGUGCCGCCUAAGCCUACUGUUACCGGACCCCCUGCGGGACCUAAGCCGACUGUUACUGGUGAACCGCCUAAGCCUAGCCCUGCGGGACAUCCUAAGCACUAG